UCGACAUCUGCCCGGCCGAUGGCCAGCAGAGCUGCCGCCCGCGACGCCCCUGGGCCUCUGAAAGCAGGCUCGGGCGUGUGGGCGUUCUACCACGCGCCCAGCCAUCGACAAGGCUUCCGCUACGUGAGGCUGCUGGAGAGCGAGGAGGGCGGACGCCCGGCCGAGGCCGCUCCCGGCGCGGGCACGGUGGGCCUCUCCACGGGCUGGGUCGAGGCGACCGUGGCCGAGGACUGGCGGCCUGCCGAGGGGGGCGGGAAGAGCGCCCAGGUGGUGGUCCACCUGCGCGGCUUCUUCGCCGACCCCUACCGGCCGGACCCCGAGCCGGUGGACUGCAUGUACUGGAAGCUCGGGCGCGGGCUCGUGCGGCCCCUGGACGAGUCACGGCCGCCCGUGGAGCUGUCGUUGUUCGUGGCGAGGUGGUGGCAGUACGACAACCCCGAGGCGCGUGCCCGCUCCCACAACAUCCUGCACAAGGGCCUCAUGGAGGACGUCCUCGAGGGCAAGGGGUCUCCGCACGAGGCCUUCGGGACCGCUGGCCAGUACGAGGUCUACACCGCCUUCGUGCGAGGCGGCGAGGACCUGGACGCCCUCGGCGAGGGCCUCGCCGCGCAGCUGCACAGCCGGCGCCGGGCGGCGCUCUACUUCCUGUGGCCCUCGCAGCGGCUCGGCCGCGAGCGCUUCGCGGCGGGCUACGUGGCCGAGCGGUCGCUCACGGGCCUGAUGCGGCGCAUGGAGGCCGGCGGCGUCAGGACGUGCUGGCCGCACCCGGUCCGGCUCUACGAGGAGCUGGCGACGAAGCGCUGGGCGGCGGCCCUGGGGCCGCGCGCGGCGGCGCUGCGGGUGCCGCCCACGGUGGUCGUCUCCAAGGCCGACGUGGACGGCGGCGCGCCGCAGGCGGCCGAGGCCGCGCUGCACAGGCUGCGGCGCCUCCGCAGCGACGUCCACGGCGGGGGGCCGCAGCGGCUCGAGGCGUACCGCGGGGUGGCGAAGCUCGGCUUCAGCUGGCAGGGGGAGGGCGUGCUCCCCUUCGUGGGGCCGGCCGGCCUGGAGCGCGCGCUGAGGAAGCUCCUCGAGGGCGCGGACCCGGGGGCGACGUGCCUCGUGCAGGAGCGCGUGCAGCACGUCCGGUGCGAGCUGCGCGUCUUCUGCUGCAGGGACCACGCGGCCGGGCCGGGGGCCAUGCGCGCCGAGCUGGUGCGCAUGCGGCUCAAGGAGCCGCGCCACCGCGAGAUCGACGGGAGCUUCGCCAUGGCAGGCGCCACGACCAUGACGGCGGCGGAGGCGGCCGAGGCGGCCUUCGGCGGCAGCAUGGCGGCGCUGGGCGCCGCGGAGGCGGAGGCGCGCCGCCUCGCGGGGCUCUGGCUGGAGUGGCUGCAGGGCGCGGACGGGCCGGGGCUCCCCCAUGUCUGCCGCCUGGACUUCAUGGUCUCCGUGCCACCCGCCCCGCCCCCCGCGCAGCCCUCGCGGGGCCCGGGCGGCCGCGGCGGCGCCCGCCGCGCCGCCACGCCGGCGCCGGCGCGCGCCGCCCCCGAGGUGCACACGGUGGAGAUCACCGAGCUGGGCGGCGCGACGUGCGGCCUGUCGGUGCACGCGCGGACGGUGGCCGUGCUGAACGAGUGCGUGCUGGGCGGCGGCGGCGCGGAGGGCGAGGGCUCGCUGCCUCCCCCCGCCGGCUUCCCGUGGCCGCUGCCGCCCCUGCAGGUCGGGGGCGCGGAGGGCUCGGUGGCCGCCAGGGGCGCCAGGCCGGCCGGCGCCGCGGUGGGGGCCUGGCUGCUGGGCGCGGCUCGGCGGUGCGCGCUCGGAGCCUGCGUGGAGCUGCUGCGGCCGCCGCUGGCGCGGGAGGCGCUGCUCUGGGCCACGCUGCUGCUGCUUCGGCUGCGGGCCGUCGCUUCCAGGUGGUCGGGCCCAGUGCUCUGCCUGGCGCUCGCGGCCGCCUGGCGCGCCGCCGCGCGGAAGCGGCGGCCCGCGCCGCUGGGGGGCGGCCCCCCGUCGGACCACAGGACCGACCGGGCCGACGCCGCCACCAAGGGGGGCGCGUAG